AUGCCUUCGAAGCACACUGCAACCCAGAUCCUGGGCCGCCCAGACCCGGCCAAUGUCACCAUCUCGCGGGUCGAGUACGAUAGCCUGCUGCGGCUGUCGAAAGAAUAUGACAUGCUCAAGCAUGCACUCUUCCAAGGCGGCCUCACCCCUGAAACCCUGGGAGUGUUGAUCUCAGGCUCCGAGCCUCAGCCACAGCGGCAGACUCGUGUCGAUUCCUGGGCCGACGACUACAAUGACAAUCCAUCAGCCUUCGGAAUCCCGCACAUGCUCGCCAAUGGUACCGGCAACCACAAUGGCACGUCGUGGAAGCCAGGAAUCAAUCACUCAAACCUCCAGGCCGCACUUGGUGCACCUAACUUCACAACUCGCAAUGGCGCGCAGAACAACCUCCGCAUCCCAAGCUCUCAGCGCCACCCAAGCAAUGGCAUCGUCCCGUCCUCUGUGCCUGAGGAUGGAGGGUUCGAGGAAGGUAUCAGCUCCUUCGGCGAUGGCAACACGGAGUACGCGAACGGCAACCACCAAGCAGACUCGGCGAUGCGGACCCUGUAUUUCUGCGGCUUUCACCCACGUACGACUUAUCGAGAUCUGUUGUCCGUGAUCAAGGGCGGCAAAAUCUUGAGCAUCAACCUUCGUGCCGAGCGCAGUGCGACUGUGACUUUUCACGACGGUGCUGCCGAAUACUUGGCAUGGGUGAAGCGAAACGACAUCUACCUUCAUGGCAAACGGGUCGAAGUGCGAUGGGCUGAGCGGCAGUUUCGUCUCAACAACCACAUCAAUAACAAGGUGGCCAAUGGGGCGAGUCGAAACCUUCUCAUCCGCAACGCUGCCGACAAGGGCAUGACCGAGGAUCGAAUCCGCGACGAUAUGGAACAUAUCCACAACCUCAUCAUCAUCGACGUUACUUUCCAGGGCAGACACGCCUACGUGUCCACCACUUCAAUCCACACGGCACUCUUCGCCCGGACAUGCAUGAUGAGUAGGUCGGCUUACAGAGGGUGCAAAGUCGAGUUCUACCAGGAUGAGUGCGACACUCCACUGCCAUUCCGCGCGCCAGUACCGAGAGGUGUGCCGCAAGAGCCAGCCAAGAAACCAAUGUCAUUGGCCAACAGAUUCGACAUGCUGGACACGAACAGCGAUGCCUCCAGCACCGACAUCGAAAAUCGCGAUCCUCUUGACGGCGGGACCGUUGAUUCAGACGACGACACCACGAUCGACAUCAAGUGUCGCCAUGGAGUGAGGCUUGACUUCGUGGACUCUGAGAGCGAGGCUUAA